GUUGAUCGUUGUCUUGGGUACAGUUGUGGCGUCUUGGCGUCUUUUUUGCGAGUCAUUGUCAUUGUCACUGAUACGCCUCCCACUAUGGCUAACAAGCACGCUAUCAAAUAUGUGGCAGUUUUUUGGGAAGUUGAACAAAAGUUUACUGUGCAAAGUGUUUCUUCCGUGAAAAACAAAUUGCAGUUGAAAGAUGCAAAGCUGGUCGACGACGUUGAACACCAGGGGAAAGAGAAGGAUCGUCCAAAAGAAGGCUGGAAAAGCUACCCGGCAAGAGUACUUACCUGUGGAGCGAAGAAGAAGUCUACCCAGGAACGAGGAAAGACUAAGUUUGAAGAACUAAUGAAGUCUUUAACAAAAGAAACCACUCCGGCAAAAAAGAAACCUCCCAAACCUCCUUCUGAGUCACUGGAAAGCGCAUCAUCUUCAUCAGGGUCCUCAUGUGAAGAAGACAUCCCUCAAUCUUUGUUCGAUGAAAUUAAUGGUGAGAGAGGUACAGGUGAACCUCAUCAGCAAUUCAGGAUUCAGCGCAUCAAUCAGAAUUCUGAUGAUUCAGUAUCACCUACUUCAAUUUCUGAAUCCAAACAAGACGUAAAGGAUCAACUUGCUCAAGUAAUCAGAGAGAGGGACCGCCUCAAAUUGGAAAAUGAAGAGUUAAAAAGACACAACCUAAUCUUACAGAGAGACCUUCCAUCUAUUGUCUCAACUCUGCAAAGGUCUCAUCUAAUGAGGCAAGCCUUGGAUCGACCAGCCAGAACGACUAAUUUCAGUGACUCAUCUGAAGGGGCAUCAAGCCCACCAUUAACGAGGCCAGUCACGUUGUCCAGCUCUCCCGAUGGAUCUAACUCUAAAUCUAAUGCCGAUGAUUACAAAACACAAAUGCUACAACAUAUGUCCUCCGAAGAUUUAGACUAUUGCAACAUGAUGGCUCGAAAUAAUUUCACGAAGAUGAUUUCACUUAUGAUGGGCAAAGUAUUCACAGUAGAAGAAUUGACAACAAAAUCCCUUACUGGGAAACGAACCACAAAGCCUGCGUUGCCCGUUGACAAAGUGAACGCUGUUGCAAAGUACAUCUUAAAACGACAUCCUGAUAAACACAUUGGAGAGUUUAACCAGAAGGUGACGAAUUAUUUACGCGACCAGGCAGCCAAAUCCAAACCCGAAGAACUACCUAAAACUAAUUAGACAUCACGACAUUUUGCGAUGUCUUCCUGAAGUUGUGUCAUCAACGAAGUUUGAUUAGAAAUACAUGAGAUUAACCUUAA